UAUAACACUUGUAUUUUGUAUCUUUUUUCUUUGAUGCUCACAUGUAUGGUUUCAUCAAACUAAAUUGAUGCUCAACAGUUUUGGUGUAAAGUGUAAGCAAAGCUUUCACCUCCAAUGAAACCAUCCUUCUCACAUGAAUGUUGUCUCCUGGAAGUGUGACUUUUCACAGUUUCCAUUGAAACCUUAAGAAACCCUCUCUUUCUUUCAACUCGCAACCUGGUUUUUUUCUUCUUAGUUUCCACCUUGGGUUAAUGGCUAGCCUAUUUGCAGGUACCCAUCUCUUGUUCUAUCUGUUCCUUUUUAGAACAGUCUUUGUCGCCUCUCUUUCACCUGAUGGAGAGGCCCUUCUCUCUCUUUUAUCAGCUGCUGACCCGUCUGCAAAAGCUUCCUCCUCGGUGCUCUCUUCAUGGAACCCAAAGAGCCCGACGCCAUGUUUUUGGAAAGGGAUAACAUGUUCCCCUCAAGAUAGGGUCAUCUCCCUUUCACUGCCCGACGCAUUCCUCAAUCUCUCUUCUUUGCCCCCACAGCUUUCAUCUCUUUCUUCAUUGCAACUUCUCAAUUUCUCUUCCACCAAUAUUUCAGGCACAAUCCCUUCUUCUUUUGGCAAACUGGUUCACCUUCGCCUUUUGGACCUGUCCUCUAACACUCUCACCGGUUCCAUUCCUCAAGAGCUCGGCCAGCAUUCUUCACUACAGUUUCUUUUCCUCAACUCAAAUAGAUUGAGUGGUCGGAUCCCUCCACAGCUAGGGAACCUCACUUCAUUACAAGUCCUUUGUCUACAAGAUAAUCUCCUCAAUGGCUCAAUACCAUCUCAAAUGGGUUCAUUGGUUUCUCUCCAGCAGUUUAGAAUAGGAGGCAAUCCUUAUCUGACGGGAGAAAUCCCUUCACAGUUGGGCUUACUUACAAAUCUGACCACAUUUGGGGCAGCCGCCACUGGUCUUUCUGGCGUUAUUCCACCAGCUUUUGGGAACUUGAUCAACCUUCAAACUCUGGCUCUUUAUGAUACCGAGGUGUCUGGAUCGAUACCACCUGAACUGGGGUUAUGUUCAGAGUUGAGGAAUCUGUAUUUGCAUAUGAACAAGCUGACUGGUACUAUUCCUCUAAAGUUGGGGAAUCUUCAAAAGGUUACUAGCUUGCUUUUAUGGGGUAAUGCUUUGACAGGUUCAAUCCCGGCUGAGUUAUCCAAUUGUUCUUCACUUGUUGUGCUUGAUGCUUCGGCUAAUGAUCUUUCUGGUGAAAUACCUGGGGAUAUUGGGAAGCUUGGUGUUCUUGAGCAGCUUUAUUUGUCCGAUAAUUCGUUAACUGGGUUGAUUCCUUGGGAGUUAAGCAACUGCUAGAGUUUGACUACGCUUCAACUCGACAAGAAUCAAUUAUCUGGUUCAGUACCAUGGCAGAUUGGUAACUUGAAAAACUUGCAGAGUUUCUUUUUGUGGGGUAAUUUGGUUUCUUGGACAAUCCCAUCAUCCUUUGGGAACUGCACUGAACUUUACGCCAUGGAUCUUUCCAGGAACAAGCUUACGGGCUCAAUGCCAGAAGAGAUUUUCAGUUUGAAGAAGCUCAGCAAGCUUUUGCUUCUUGGAAAUUCUUUAUCUGGAGAGUUGCCCAGAAGAGUUUCGAAUUGUCAAUCAUUGGUGAGGUUAAGGCUUGGGGAAAACCGGCUUUCAGGGCAGAUUCCGAAGGAGAUCGGCCAACUGCAGAACUUAGUGUUCCUCGACUUGUAUAUGAAUCAUUUCUCAGGCAUUCUUCCUUCUGAGAUUGCAAACAUCAGAGUUCUUGAGCUAUUGGAUGUUCACAACAACCACAUUAAUGGAGAAAUACCAUCUCAGCUUGGGGAGCUUGUGAAUUUAGAGCAGCUUGAUCUUAGUCGAAACAGCUUCACCAGAGAAAUUCCUUCUAGUUUCGGUAAUUUUAGUUACUUGAACAAGCUGAUUCUCAACAACAAUUUACUAACAGGGUCCAUCCCGAAAUCGGUUCGGAAUCUGGGGAAACUUACACUGCUUAAGUUAAGCUUCAACAAUCUCUCAGGUGAAAUUCCUUCCGAAAUUGGUUAUUUGACAAGCCUAUCGAUCGGUUUGGACUUGAGUUCCAAUAUGUUUACUGGUGAAAUACCAGAAUCAAUGUCUGGAUUGAGACAGUUACAGUUACUUGAUCUGUCUCAUAACAUGUUACAUGGAAAAAUCAAGGUUAUAGGUUCCCUUACCAGUCUUGCUUCUUUGAAUAUCUCGUUCAAUAAUUUCUCGGGUCCUAUACCUGUAACGCCUUUCUUUAGGACCCUUUCUUUCAAUUCUUAUCUACAUAACCCGGAUCUAUGUCAAUCCCUGGAUGGUUCCACUUGUUCUUCGAGUCUAAUACAAAAAAACCGAUUAAGAUCAGCCAAAACCGUUGCUUUGGUUUCUGUGAUCUUUGCCUCGGUUACUAUCGGGGUCAUUGCUUUAUGGUUUUUAGUUACAAGGAAUCAUAGGUAUAUGAUAGAGAAAUCUGCAGGAGCUUCAUCAUCUUCACCGGGAGCUGAAGAUUUCUCUUAUCCAUGGACUUUCAUUCCAUUUCAAAAGCUCUGUUUCACCAACGAUAACAUCUUGGACUGUCUCAAAGACGAGAAUGUGAUAGGAAAAGGCUGUUCCGGGGUUGUUUACAGAGCAGAAAUGCCGAAUGGGGAACUGGUUGCGGUGAAAAAGCUUUGGAAAACAAAGCAAGAUGAAGAGCCAACAGUGGACUCAUUUGCAGCAGAAAUUCAGAUUCUUGGACACAUUCGCCACAGAAACAUUGUGAAGCUCUUAGGUUAUUGUUCCAAUAAAAGUGUUAAGCUCCUGUUAUACAAUUACAUUCCCAAUGGUAAUCUGCUACAGCUUUUGCAAAGAAAUCGAAACUUGGAUUGGGAAACAAGGUACAAGGUUGCCGUCGGAUCAGCUCAAGGUUUAGCUUAUCUUCACCAUGAUUGCAGACCAGCAAUUCUACACAGAGAUGUGAAAUGCAAUAACAUACUCUUGGAUUCAAAGUUUGAGGCUUAUUUAGCAGAUUUCGGAUUGGCGAAACUGAUGAACUCUCCUAAUUACCACCACGCAAUGUCCAGAGUUGCAGGCUCAUAUGGUUAUAUUGCCCCAGAAUAUGGGUACACAAUGAACAUAACCGAGAAGAGUGAUGUCUACAGUUAUGGGGUGGUCCUGCUGGAGAUACUAACUGGGCGCAGCGCGGUCGAAUCACGGGUGGGGGACGGAUUGCACAUCGUGGAGUGGGUGAAGAAGAAAAUGGGAAGCUUCGAACCAGCUGCAUCGAUUCUCGAUGCGAAGCUUCAAGGAUUGCCCGAUCAACUGGUCCAGGAAAUGCUUCAAACAAUUGGGAUUGCAAUGUUUUGUGUGAAUUCUUCACCGGCGGAGCGUCCGACGAUGAAGGAGGUGGUGGCAUUGUUAAUGGAAGUUAAAAUACCACCGGAAGAAUGGGGAAAGACUUCUCAACCUCUAAUAAAGCAAUCAUCAAAUCAGAGUUAAUUUGUUUUAGUUUAAAUUCCAAGAACAUCAUGGAUAAAGGGAAAGCAUGGGAAAUGCGAUAUUGUUGGA